CUUGAUAUUUCUUCAUAUGUGAAUUCGUGUACUGCUCUGAAGACUUGACGACAGUCUUCACGUCAGCUCGAGUAUCAUAAACUAAUUAUCACAGCUUUUUCACAAUCGUCAUAUCCUGCGGAUUUCUGCCAACCAAGCCUCAUGUAUUCAGAAUGUGUGAAUAAACCUGAAAAACAAAUCGGAUUUUUACUUAAAAAACACAUAUUUUGCUUGUUGAAUUCAACAUUUGUUUUGUUCGUCUGAAGUUUGUCUUACAAAGACACGUACGAAGCUGAAGAACCUUAAAGUAUAGGAACUCGUACGGUGCUUUGAGAUGUUAACAGCUAUUUUGACAGGAAAGAGAAUCCUAAGACAAAGUUGAAAAGUCAGAGCAAAUGCAAGUAUGCCUGAAAGAAUAUGCAAGAGCGACGUCUCUCGUUGGCCAACACCAAAGAAACGUUUAAGGAGAAAAGAAUUUCGUCAAGUAAAAAAUAAUCUUUUACGAAGCUAUGAAAAGGCUCCAUGGGUAUCCGAAAUACAAGACAAGGGAGACUUAUUUUACGUUGAACAGUACGUUGAUGAUCCAAAUACAGGACAUUCAACUGCUCAACAAAAACAAACAUCUGAACAAUAUCAACAAAAUGGCGGUCAAGUGAUAAAAGAUAAGCGACUUACUGGAAAUAAAUUGCUGGAUUUUAUAUCGCAAAUGAAGAAGACAAAGAAGACGGAUAUUGGUAUAUCACAAAAAGAUAAUCCUAAUCAAGAUCAAGAUAGAGCUGGUAAAGAAAAAGACAUGAAGUUUGAGGUAAAAUUACGUGUUCAUCCACCGAGGAUUGGUCCCUAUAAAAGAGAUGAUUUGGAAAGUGUGCUGGGCAUUAUUCCACUCAAGUCUGUAACCGCAAAUGACAGAGAUGAACUUAGUUUUACUCAUGAAUACGGACGAGAUUCAAGGAUUGUAAUCGCUGGUUUUACACCCACUGGACCUGCUAUCAGAUCUCACCAACUGGAGAUUGGUGAUAGUAUUUUAGCCUUGAAUGGCUUGGAGAUAAAUAUAAACAAUGUUAAUGCUAUUUUGGGAGCAAUUCCUGGAUCUGUAGAGGUUACACUAAAAAUCCAGAAACAUUCUCCCCCACCAGCUCAGUCUCCUUUUGUAAAUGGGUUUAUUCCCAAUGACAAUCAUUUAUUGAGAAUAAUCAAUGGAAAAAAGAAGAGUGAUCAUCUUGAUGAACUUCAAAAUACUCCUCAUGCUGCUAUGUUUCUUUCCCUUGAUAUAUCCAGUGAAGAUGAGGUUGAAAAGGAUAUCAUAUUCCAAUUCCCGAAAGAUUCUGUGACAAAUAAAGUUGUCUCAUUGCGUGGAAUAUUUUUAACAUUGGGUGAUUUGUUAACAUCUGUGACUGGCUCGUCUCCACGUAGCACAAGUGUUGUUAUUGAUGGAGAAUUAAUUCAUAUCGGGUACCAAAAAUUCAAACAAGAAAUCCUCGUAUUGGCUUUACCAGCAAAACGGGCUUGCCUUUUUCACAUGGAAAUCUUGAUGCAGAAUCUGAAUCAGCUUCUUUGUUUGAUGUUUGGAUCCCUUCAUAGGGCUUUCUGUGAUGAUUGCAACACUUUACGUUUGGAACAUUUCUUUUCUUUGAUAUUUGAAUACAUUCUUGGCACAAGAUCGAUAUUUGCUACUUCAAGUAAAAGUGUAGAUCCAUUGGAUGGGUUUUUAAACUGUAUUGAGGGAGCAAGAUGGCUUGAUCUUCCCUCUGAGUCAAAGGUUCACAUUGAUACGUGUUUAAACGAAUUAGAAGCUAAUGACUGUGAAUGGGCUGAAUUGCUUACAAUGAGAAGGCAAUAUUUAGUCCUGGGAUCAUGUUUAUUUUACAAAGGAGUUUUGAUUGGAAAUCAUCUUCCUAUUGAAGAUUUGCAAGAUCUUGUUCACUACUGUCGAUUUCAUUGUUUGUUCACAACUUCAAAGCAGCAACGUUUGGCGCAGUUAGUCAUCUGGAGAGAGAUAUUUUUAACGAAAGAGAGAAAAGAAUGCUCGGAUGCUCCUUUGAAAGCAAACUUCCAGUCUAGAACAUUUUUGCUGGUAGUGGGAUUGAAACAUUUCUUGUUUUGUAUCAUUCUCGAAGCUGGUGUCAUUUCACAAAGAGCGAACGGUAAUCCUGGUCCAGACCCAUAUUAUAUCGAUCAAGCUAAGAAUAUCUUAUAUGAAUUAGAGAGUUUAGAUAUUCCUGCAGUAUGUGAUGAAAGAUUUGAAAACCCCAGUGGUCCCCCGACUGUAACCGCUGACCAGAGUGUUUUGCGCAGUAAGUCAGUUUCUGUGGAGAAAAUGAGUCAUGAUGGUAAAGCCAGGGCGAGUACUGGUUCAGUCGAAAAUAUAAAGUCAUCAGGUGUGGAAGAAACUGAAUCGGUUCAUUCUGGGAUGAGUGGAGGUCCAUUAUCGCCUUACCGUCGUAGAAGACAAAGCUCGAAUGUCUCAGAUGCUUCUAAAGAAAGUACAGGUAGCAUUAAGACAUCAAGAAGUGCAACCGCUGUCCCACUGACUUUGGCAAAAUUGAGGAAAGAUACCGAGAAUACUGGAGAUCUAAAAUUCAAUUAUCUGAACAAAUUAAACUCGGGUGAAGAGAAUACUGUAUUUCAUUACGUCAUACACAAUAUAUUUCAUGGAAUAAUCAUGUCACCAUUCGUGACUGCGUCAAGAGGAAAGCUACAUGAUGCUGUAUUGGAAAAUUUUAACAAAGCCUGUCUAAAAAUUAAAAGACAUUUCCGUCGCAAUUCCAUGUUGAACAAAAAUAAGUCAUGCUCACCCCAAGAGAAGUUUUCUUCGACAUCCUCAGAUACAAUUGCUGAGAUGGGAAUACAGUUUUGCGUUCCAGAUACCAAACGACAAGGACCAUUAUUGAAGUAUUGGGUCAAAGGGAGGUUAAUAUUCAGCGGUGGCCCAAAAGAAUUUUAUGUAUGCUAUCAAGAUUCUGCUUCUCAAAAUUCGGUUGAACUUGCUUUUAAACUAGGAUUUGGUUCCCCACUUUGAUUCAGAGAAUUUAUUUUCGAAAGGAAUCCUGGAGGAACGCACCUUGUGAAUAUACAGGAUCUCGAUGUUUUUUUAUUGUAACGCAUAAAAAAACCAAUGAAACUGUGUGAGUCCGCUAUUCUUUGCGGAUACUAAGUGGAAGCAAUGAAGUACCUGAAUACCAAAGCUGUUCAUCGCACAUUAAAUGAUACAGAAGAAUAUCCUCAUAUUAUGUACAUAUAUAUAAGCUUAACAUCGUAUAGAGUUUGUAUAUUAAUAUAUAUUAUAGUAUAUAGUUGUCUAUACAAUAUAAAUAUAUAUUUUGUAAACAUGCAUUAACUAGUGUGAAUUAGGCAAAGUUAAAGAUUUAUAUUUUUAAAAACCUUAAUCUUGUACACAAAUGUAGAAUAUAUUUUUAUGCGAUAUUAUGUAGACAUGAAUUAAUAAAUGGUGCAUGGUGAUUACUGUGCCUGUGGAGCGAUGGUA